UUGUGGAUUCGGUGGACGAUGGGGGGAGCUAGGUGCUUUUAUUUUUGUCGAGAAAUUAUGGAAUUCAUAAGCUUAGAUUUUUUUGUCAUGUCAUGUGUUCUGCGGAAAGAGAGAAAAAUAGGGUAUAUGGUUUCGAUAGUUGAAAUCGUACGAGUUGAUUUAAUUCUGAUGGAAACUAACAAUUGCCAAAUUGAGACGGAUAGAUCAAAAUUUCUGUUUUGCAUACUAAAAAAGGAACCGUAGUUGCGUGGUUUUGUUUUCGCAUUGUUACUGUCAACCCCUUAUGUUCACGCCUGUUAAUUUUUUUUGGAAAUAUACAAUGCAUAACCACAAUUUAAGGAAUAUUCUUGUGUUCUGUUAGCCAUUGUGCUUUAAGAUGAUACUCAACAAAGAGAUAUUCGAUCUCAAUUUCUAUACCACAACCGUUUCAAAGUUGCAGUCGAUAUUAACUUGGCCCGAGUGUAGCUGCGGCAGUGGGGGCAAAGCUGAGAGAGGCGACCAUGCUGGGCUUAAGGGUUAGUGUUGGGGUGGUUAGGCUGAGCCGCUGAGGGGUUAGAUGGAAGACUUGAUCAUAGUUUUGAAUACGGCGUGGCGAGUUGCGGCGACCCACCCCCCUCACAGCUUUGUAACGCUUGUGGCGUGUGGCGUUGCGACUUCACAGAAAUAUCCUAACCUAUAAUGGCACCAUAUAAAUCAUCAAUUUAGUACAUAUGCAUAGCUCGAUGUUGGAGGUUGUGCAGCCCACAUCCCCUUUCCAUUUCUCCAAAACAGCCUGCAUUAAGAAUGAUCAACAUCAGUUCAGAUUUUACAAAAUAUCUGAGAUUAAACAACCAUCGGUAGAAGAGAACAGAGUAGAGGAGGGAGAGAGGGGAGCGGAACAGAGUAGUAGAAGAACAGAGCACAGAGGAGGGAGAGAAGAACAGAGCAGAGAGAGGAGGGGAGAAGAAGAGAAGACAUACCUGCUGCUGGAGCUGCCGGAGAUGGGGGUUGGAGCCGCUGGCAACAGGGGAUGGAGCUGCUGGCGCUGUAGCCGCUGGAGAUGGGGGAUGGAACUGCAGGCGGUGUGGCGUCGUAUUCUCAACGCUACAGCGGCUGUAUCGUCUGCGGACGUCAUCUCGACGCCACAGGACACCACAGCGAUGCCACAGGCGAUUUCUGUCGCGUGGGUCGACACGACGGAGCCCAGGGGCGCCACGACGCUUAAGCGUCGCCAUAACGACGAGAUCGCGACGUAUUCAAAACUAUGGACUUGAUUCUAGCCGCCAAAAGGAGCUGGCGCUGAUGGAGACGAGUGUCAUCUUGGGAGGGUGAGCAUAUUAUGUAUGACUUCCAGUAUUUCAUCAUAUGGAUGAGUCCUGAAGAUUUGUUUAUACAUAAGUGAAUGCAAUAAGGCGAAUUGAUUUCUUCUAGACAAUAAACAUGGGAGCUAAUUGUUGCAUAGCUGCUAAAGAGAGACCUCAGCCAUCUAUAGCUUCAGCUGAAGUUUCAGCAUACAGGACAAGGCAGUCGCCGUCAUGGAGCUUCCGCUGGGAUAACCGCACACACAUAGAGGAUAUAAUGGAAAACACAGCACUGUUUUCCAAUCAGAAUGGUGGAAACAUUAGGCCGGAACUAAAGGGUGGUUCCAGUGCACCAACCGAAGGCCACUCCAAUGAGGAUAGCCUUUCUGAUGUGUUCCGAGGGGUCAAAUGGCAAAAAUCUGACAAGAUGGAAGCUUCCAAACAUUUGAAAGCUGAUCCUCGAGCUGUUCAAUCCAACGCAAGCAAUUCAACUUCUGAGGUAAAUUCUUGUAAAUCAUUAGACAGGCUAACUGUUGCUUCAGACAUAAAGACAUCAAAGUCCCUUCCUUCAACACCACCCCUAGUAUCGAGAGCAGAUCCUUCAUCUUCGAGGUGUCAUUCCCUUCACAUGGACUCAUUUUCAAUGAGGAAAGCACGUCGAUCACCUGGACAUCAACUGUAUAGGCAGAUCUCGGACAGCAAGAUCCCAUCUCUCAAGUCCUUCAGUGAGAGUAGCUAUGCAGAAGGAAGGCCAUCGAGUUCCAUGCUCUCUACCUGCAGCAAUGACCUGUUUGCAGGAGGAUCCCAACAUGGUGGAUCAUCUGAUGGGUGGUCAAAUCGCACAUUUUCUGAAUUGGUGGUAUCAUCGCAAAGAGAGCGGUGGUCAGUUGACAGUGAGCUCUUUGGCUCAAUUACCAGUAAAAUAUCUAGACCUAAUGAUUCACAGUCUACUGCUUUCUCUUCUGACCAAGGGAUAUGCAAGCUAUGUUCAAAGCUAUUAAAGGAACGGUCUACAUGGAGUGCUCAUGACCUGGGUGUCGUUGCUGUUUUAUUCUGUGGUCAUGCAUACCAUGCAAACUGUUUGGAUAGUAUAACCGCAGAAAGUGAGAAAUAUGAUCCGCCAUGUCCUGUAUGCACUCAUGGCGAGAAACGUACAGCAAAACUAUUUGGUAAGUUGGACUCAAAGAUUAAGAACAGGAAAUCCAAAAAUGUGAUGUCAGAUACUGAUAUAGAUAGGAGCUCUAAGCACCAGAAGAAAAAAGUGAGAGAACCCAGGUUAGGCACAAGUUCUAGCAUGAAGGAUUCAUUUCGUCGACCAUUUUUAAAGAGGCAUUUUUCGAUUGGUUCUCGACCACCAAGAUCAUUUCUGGGGAGUGAGCCAACAGGAAAGAAAGGUUUCUGGGCAAGACAUUGGAGAGAAUAGCCAGCUACACAUGAUUAAAGUGGUAACCUUUAGAUGGUGUGAGGUCCUGAGCAAGGAUAGAGCCGUCAAGCUACCAUAUCGUAAGUUUCGGUGAUAUUCGUUAAAGCACGCUUUGUGGAACUAGAAUAUGUCUUGUUCUUCACUAGGCAAUGUAAUAGAAUAGAGAAGGGGGAUAGUCUUCGAGACAAAAAGUCCCAGGCUGGUUUGGGUUUAAAUCCGCAAUGGUAUAUUGUUAUCUUUCCAUUCUCUUGUAAUUUUAAUGUUAGUUCGCUCACAUAAUUUUGAACUAGCAUCCAGAUAGUUUAUUGCACAAUAUGAUUAUGUUAUGGCAGUAGCUCAGAUUUCAUGGUGAA